UAGACGUUAAAGAGAUAAAGCUUUAAACGACAGCAGCUUCGGAAACCUGGGAUCUGCACGGAUGGAGCUAACGGUUUAGCCCACCAGCCAGGAAGCUACUGCAGAGCCCUGACCCUCGUGCUAACACAGCAGCUAACAGUAACGCUGCCCGGGCUCGGAGGCUCGUGAACGAGCCGAAUUGAACUGAACAGAUCUGGAUUAGAUCGGUGAAGAUCGGUGAAGAUCGGUGAAGCUAAUGCUAACCUGUUAUUCUAAGAGUGAAAACAGAAACAGACUUUAUCAGCUGACUGUGAACCGUCCAAUCGGAAGCCGACUUCAGCGGCGGAACAAACGCUUAGCAAGCAGCUAACGAGGCUAAGUUCCCUGUAACUAACUAACAUCAGGCGUGUAAAGUUAGCGCUCAGUUAAAGCCCAAUGCUUGGUCGGUUUACCCUGCUUCAGUAAUAUUAAAUAGAAACGUAUAAAUGAAAAGAAAUCACUAAUGUAAAGUUAUGUUUGUUCCGUGUAUGGACGCGCUCAUCGUACAUAAAGACAGAGGUGGACAACAUACAGUACAUCGCGUUGGUGGUAUAGUGGUUAGCAUAGCUGCCUUCCAAGCAGUUGACCCGGGUUCGAUUCCCGGCCAACGCAUCGGUUUUGGUACCGGGAAACAGCGUUGAAUAAUUUUCAUUCAUUGCGCCGUACCUCACACUGCUCAGUGAGUCGGCCGAAGGUUGCCUGUGUUCGUGUAGACAUGGGCAGGUAUUUCCACAGCGAGGUCGACAUCAGGAGUCCGUGGCACCAGGUGUUGGCCGCCUUCUGGCAGCGAUACCCCAACCCCUACAGCGCCCACGUCCUGACAGAGGAUGUCCUGUACCGUGAGAUCACCCCCAGCAACCACCUGUUGUCACGGCGACUGCUGACAAAGACCAACCGGCUGCCGGGCUGGGCGGAGCGCGUCUUCCCCGGCCACAUGGCCCGGGCCGUCUACGUCCUGGAGGACUCCAUCGUGGACCCAGUUAGACACACACUCACCACCAAGACCUGGAACCUCAACCACAACACACUGAUGACGGUGGUGGAGCGCUGCUCGUUCGAGGAGGACCGGAGUCGGCCCACUUGGACCAAACUGAGGAGGGAGGCCUGGAUCUCCUCGUCUGUCUACGGCCUGGCCCGGCCCAUACAGGAGUUUGGUCUCACCAGGUUUAAAAGUAACCAAGCCAAAGCCAUGAAGGGGCUGGAGUUCGCUCUGUCCAAGCUACAGACUGAGGCCCCGCCUAAUCUCCACGGCGACCAGGGAGAGUCAUCAGAGAAGCACAAGCCCCUCCCAUCACAAGCCACGCCCACCUCUACCCAGAAGCCCAAGCAGUUUGUCUGAAUGUGGUGUCACCUGUACAAUAGAAAUCCUGCAUUAGUUACUCAACUUUCUCUGAACUACAAUCAAUCCCAGGAUUCACUGGGACAGAUUUAAACCAUCUUAGUAAAAAACAGCUUCUUUUUUCAAAGUUAUUCGAUUCAUUUCUAGAUUUUUGCUUUGGGUUAGUUCAGCUCACCUAAGGUUUUAUUAUUUUUUUAAAAUGUAAAAUCUAUUUAAAUCUAAAUUCUUGAUGUUAUAACGUUUUGAAGCUUGUGACUCACCUUCCAGGUAUUUUCUGUUUAAGCUA